CAGAGUGAACUUUCACCCCUCAAACUGGUUUAUUGUUUUGAUUUAACAGGUUGUCUUUUCGUGUGAAUUGUAGCAAGUGGGUCGACGGGAAGAAAAUUUUAAAACUAGCAGUAGUGUUGAGGAUUUACUCAAACGCGUACAGACGAUGUAAAUAAUGAACAUGUCGACCAGAUACCGACGUUUUUGUUGACAAAGAUGCUUCAUCCAAGAUAAGCUAACGUUAGCUGUCUGGCUAAUGUAGCGUACGUAGCUUUGGUAACAACAUGACGGUGAUGAGAAGCGGUGUGUAGGAGCGACCGACCAGUCAUCGGAUCGCGUCGAUUUCCUGCUUGUCAAUCACAGAUUUCCAGGAUUUUCCUGUUUUUGUGUCUGGAUAGCCACAAAACGGCGUUUCCAACCAAACAAACAAAACUGAUUAUAUUUAAUCGACAAGUUAUCUUGGAAGAGUAAUUGUGGUCGGGUGGACAUUUGCAUCACUUUCUUUCAAUGGGUGAAGAAAAGCCGGACACGCUUGACUUUGUGAAGGAUUUUCAGGAGUAUCUGAGCCAGCAGACUCAACAUGUCAACAUGAUAUCAGGCUCUGUCAGCGGCGUCAAGGAGGCGGACGAGCUGCCUCCAGACUGCAGUCAGAAUGGACUGGAUCACCCCUCAGUGGACAUGUCACUGGAGGACAGCUCAGGGAUCCUGGUGGAUGGAUUUGAGAGGACCUAUGACGGCAAGCUCAAGUGCCGCUACUGCAACUAUGCCACCAGAGGCACAGCAAGACUCAUUGAGCACAUCCGAAUUCACACAGGAGAGAAACCUCACCGCUGCCACCUCUGCCCAUUUGCUUCAGCCUACGAGCGUCACCUGGAGGCCCACAUGCGAUCACACACAGGCGAGAAGCCUUAUAAGUGUGAACUGUGCUCCUUCCGCUGCAGUGAUCGUAGCAACUUGUCGCACCAUCGGCGUCGUCGGCACAAACUCCUACCAAUGAAAGGUGCUCGCUCACUUUCCCAUAAGAAGAUGCUGAGUGUUUUACAGAAGAAGGCGAGCUCACUGGGCUACGGCCGCCGACUCCUCAUCAACUUCAGCCCCCCUUCUAUGGUGGUGCACAAGGCUGACAAUGUGAACGACUUCUCCCAUGAGCUGCCCCACUUACGUCAGGAGACCUAUGAUAAUCAGAGUCGAGCAGUCGAGAACGGGCACUCCACAAAUCAAAAUCACCAUCACCAUGAUAUGGUUAUGGAUAACCCCCUGAACCAGCUGUCCACUCUGGCAGGCCAGUUGGCCAGCCUCCCUUCAGAGUCCCAGGCCCAGACUCAACCUCCCAUGUCUCCAGGAGCAGAAUCUAUCGUCGAUGAGAAGCCCUUCCUCAUCCAGCAGCCCCACCCUGCCACAGCUCCCGUGGCUGUCACAGCCAGCAUGGUCCAUGCCUCCUCCUCUUCCCCAAUCACCCCAGAGCCCCGGGCUCCUCCCCACAGCAAUUGCAGCCCUGGAGGGGGACCCUGUAGCGAGCACAGUGGCCGCACCAGUACCCCCAGUAUCUCCAAUAGCCAACCCAGUACGCCGGCCCCAGGCCUGUCCGCUCCACUCCAGGACCCCCACAUGCUGCAUCACUGCCAGCACUGUGACAUCUACUUUCCCGACAACAUCCUCUACACCAUUCACAUGGGCUGCCACGGCUACGAGAACCCAUUCCAGUGCAACAUCUGUGGCCACAAGUGCAAGAGCAAAUAUGACUUUGCCUGCCACUUUGCCCGCGGGCAGCACAAGUAAUGGAUGUGCAGUGAGGAAAAAUUUGAAAGAACUUUUAAUGGACAACUUUGUUUUAUUAAUUCCAUAGUAAUUUUAUUUAUUGGUCUUUUACUUGGCCCUGAUGUAGCCUAGCCUUUGAAAGUUCUACUUAUACCAGAAAAUGUCAACAUUCAUAUGGUUUCAUUUUGUAUGGUGCCCAUUCAAGUGUAUUAUAAAGGGAUGAUCAGUGUUUUCAACAGGUUGAGAAUUUGUUUGUGGUGGCGGAAGGAGUUACAUACAUGUGCUGUUAUAAAUCAGAAAAAACAACUUCUCUACUUAGCCAAACUAAUUAACCUGGUUUAAUGCAUUAGGUUAACAAAUUCACAAUAUCCUCCCCAUAAACAUAACAUCACCUCAUGGAGUGGGAAAAAAUGACUAGUUCACCUGUGCCUGCCAAGACAGAUAAGGGGGAGGGCCUAUUCACACAGAAAAUAGUCUCUCACUCUCAACAGCAUGUCCCUUUAGAAAAAUACAAAAUGGAAAAAAAAGAAGGAAUAAAUGUUUUUUGCAGGGCGACUCUGAGUGGGCUACCCAAAUAAGUUCUCAGCACUCCUGGAGCUAUAUCUAAAGAUUGCUCUGAUGAUACUAACACAGGAGUGAAACCGUUGGCCUAGAGUGAUCUUACUUAAGCCUUGUUGAAAUUAUUUCAGUGCUUGGUGCAUUACUACUAUUUCUUUGCAGUGCCUGACAUAGUCACUUUUUUGUGUGUCCAAUAUAGAGAGGACUGUUAUUUUGAAGAUUAAUAGAUAUUAUUAAUAAGAUAAUAUCCUCUUCUUACUGUAAUGGAUAGGCCUAGAACCUUAGAAAAAGGUUGGCCAUUGUAGUUUUCUAUUGUAGCCAUGAUUUUUUUUGCCAAAAUUCUGCUCCAUGAAUGCUGCUAAGAAACCUUGGGAUCAAAACUAUAUGGAUGGCACCCACAGUAAAAACUGGCCACACUUUGUAUCAGUGGUUUUUGGUCAACCAGCUAAGUGAUUAAAUUAGAUUUUGUAGAAGUUGUGUUGUUUUGAAGUCCCUCCAGUGCCCUUCUUUGACCAGCAUCAUGGUAACUUCACUCAUUUAGUUAAAAGGGUUUUGCAUAUCCUUUUAAUUACGUCAUGUCACAUUCUGAUCUUUGGAUAUUGUAUGAAGACUUUGAUAUCCAGUGUCUUCGUGUUUAGGACAGAAUCACAAAGUCUCAUCUGAUGUGAACACUUUUUCAGAAUUGCCACGUAGUACUGGGGAUGCCACAUUUUAGCCUAUGUGAUAAACACCGAGAUUCCCCAUUUAUCAUAUGGAUCCCAGUGCUUUUCUGAAUAUUUACUGAGUAUUGUAUUCUGAGUGGUUGGAUAGAUGUUCAGUGUCAAAAAAGCAAAAUCGUGUUGUAGUAAGACUGCUAUUUUAGCAAGAUUGUUCUUUGUCUUGGGUACUGUUGUCUGUUGCUUAGCAACAUGCGUGGAAAACAUAGUUACUGUUUUUAGGGCCACCUCCUUGUCACCAUGCUUACCAGUAAUAGGGGCAUCCAGUAAUGACUGCCUUAUGUUCUCUCAGUGUGUCGUAGGUUCAUAGGUAAAGGUGAAUGUUGAAGCCUUUUGGCGAUCUCUCUCUCCCUCUGGGAUGGCAAAUCAUUUUAUUGUAACAUGGAUUAAUCAAACUAAUUUAUAAGUAAAGUGUUUUCUAACUGA